AUGUUGACCAUUGUCUUUGACAUUGUGUUCGUGCUGGCUUGUUGAUUGAAUGAAAGACUAUCUGCGGUUAAAUAGGUUAUCAAAGCAAUAUCAACAGAUGUAAAAUUACUGAAAGAUGUUAAUUUAAUAGCUGUAUUUUAAGAUGUACUUGAUUAUAAAAUUGUUUUAUGCUAUUGCUUUAACUUUUGGUCAAAUGGGACCUCUCAGACUAAGUACUGAUGGGAACACUACAAUAAUUUAUCGAACAAUAAAACAUGCAAUUGAUUAUGUACCAAAACAUAAUCCUAUUUCAGAAGACCAUAUUUCAACUAUAAAAAAGUUUUUCAAGGACAAUAGACAAGUGCUGGUGUUGACUGGAGCAGGUGUAUCAACAGAGAGUGGCAUCCCUGACUACCGUUCCGAGGGAGUCGGACUAUUUGCUCGUAGUGGGACCAAGCCCGUUCAGUACCAAGAAUUUCUUAAGUACCCAAAAAUUAGACAACGAUAUUGGGCUAGAAAUUUUGUUGGCUGGCCAAAUUUCUCCUCAAUUGCACCCAACCAAAACCAUGCUAUUUUGAAACAUUUAGAAGAUAGACAACAAGUACAAAGGAUUAUCACUCAGAAUGUUGACAAUUUGCACAGUAAAGCAGGGAGUAGACAAGUGAUUGAACUUCAUGGGACUGCAUUUAAAGUCGUGUGUUUGUCUUGUGACUACAUCACAAGCAGAUUUGCAUUUCAGAAAGUGUUAUCCGAUAUAAAUCAAGAAAUAAUUGCAGCUCCCCAAGCUGUUAGACCUGAUGGCGACAUUGACCUUCCUCAAGAAUUUGUUGAAGAUUUUAAAACACCGGCAUGUCCAAAAUGUGGGGGCAUGUUGAAACCUGACAUAGUAUUUUUUGGAGACAAUGUGCCCAAAUCUCGAGUGGAUGCCAUCAACGAUGAAGUAGAUAAAUGUGAUGCCCUGCUAGUGUUGGGGUCCUCCCUCUCCACUUAUUCUGGAUACCGCAUCAUUCUUCGAGUGAAAGAGCUGCAUAAGCAGGUCGGCAUUGUGAACAUCGGUCCUACCCGGGCAGACCACUUGGUGGACUUUAAAAUCAAUGCUAAAUGUAGUGAAGUUUUACAACAUUGUAAACAACAAAACAGUGAGACAGAUGGAUAGUUUUAAGCGAUUUUAUAAUUUAUAUUUCAGUGAGUAAUAAAAUCAAUGGAAUGUUAA